GUCCCGGAUUAAAAAGCGUCUGAACCGUUUUCAACAAACGGUUUUUACAAACAAGAAAAUUCUCACGUGGAAUCGAUCAUAAAAUCACACUUUACCCUAUUGCUGCUGGAGAACAACCUAUUCAUACGCCACCUGGUGGAGUUGGAGAUAUUCAAGGAGUGAUUUGUUGCUGGUCGAUUGUGCCAAAUAUCUGGUUCCUGUUUAAGCUCUUGGACUUGCGUUUUAUGCUCACUCAAUAAGCUUUUCCCAAGAUUUUUUUUCUUCGCCGGGGAACACAGCUGUUUCAUCGGUCCUUUGUUAAUUCAUCAGCGAAUUUCCCUUUUCUUCGUACUGGUACAAGCUACGGGAACUAGCUUUUGUGGACUAUUAUGGACUAGAACUGUUUCGCUUGGCAUGUUAUUGUUGUUGAAUGUUCCUUGGAAAUCAAAACACUGUUUAUUGAAUUCGAACGCCACAUCCGUCCCUACAAGUACUCUGUCGUGAGACGAUUACUAAACCAUUACAGGGAUUUAUAAGAAGAAGUUUUUCUAGGCCUUCAUUUACCCGUGUUAUAGCUAGAAACUUUUCGAAGCUAGAACGUUAGACGAAGUCUACCAUUUCUGGACCAAUAUGGACCCAGGCUUCGAGCGUCGUCUUUUGAUGCAACAAAAAGCUACAAGCCCUGCUGCCUCUCCUAUUAGCUCGCCUUUAACCUCCAGGCACCUAAACUCCCCUUUGAGUUGUAGUCCUGUCGCAUCACCAAGCAAGGAACGAUACAGUGAUAGAUUUAUACCAAGCCGACUGGGGGCUGCUUGGAAAUCCAACUAUAACUAUGUCCAGGAAAAUAAUGAACCAGGCACACAUAGUGGUAGCAUUACCAGAGAAGCAGGCACAGAAACUAAAGAGGGAUUUGCUUAUCAGUGUCUACUCAAGAAUGAAUUAUUAGGAGCUGGGAUCGAGGAUUUAAAAGAGUGUCAACUAGAAGAUAGGAAGGUUUUAUCAAGUAACAGUAAUUAUGUCCAUAAUGUGUUUCAGUACCAAGUGAGAAGAAGCAAAAAGGAGGAGUCAUCAUCAGCAUAUUCUUUAUCACCUGUUAGCAAGAAAAGUCAAAGACUUCUGCGCUCUCCUAGAAAGUCAACUAGAAAAAUCUCCAAAAUACCCUUUAAAGUUUUGGAUGCUCCUGAACUGCAGGACGACUUUUACCUUAAUCUUGUGGACUGGUCAGCACAAAACAUCCUGAGUGUUGGCUUGGGCACAUGUGUGUAUCUGUGGAGUGCCUGCACAAGUCAGGUCACCAAGUUGUGUGAUUUGUCGUCUGAUGGAGACUCUGUCACUUCUGUCAGCUGGUCAGAACGGAAUGGCUUAGUGUCAGUGGGGACUUACAAAGGACUUGUACAAAUAUGGGAUGCAAGUGCUCAGAAGAAAUUGUUAACCAUGGAUGGCCAUUCUGCUAGAGUUGGUGCACUUGCAUGGAAUGGUGACAUGUUAUCAUCUGGAAGCAGAGACAGACUCAUUCUACAAAGAGACACCCGCUCGCCAACACAGCUUGAGAGAAGGCUUGUUGGACACAGACAAGAGGUAUGUGGUCUCAAAUGGUCUCCAGACCACCAGCAUCUUGCAUCUGGCGGCAAUGACAACAAACUGCUGGUUUGGAACCUGUCCGGCUCAACACCAAUCCAGCAGUAUAGUGAACACACAGCAGCAGUCAAAGCCAUAUCGUGGUCUCCUCAUCAGCAUGGUCUGUUAGCAUCUGGGGGUGGCACAGCAGAUAGAAGAAUAAGGUUCUGGAAUACCCUGACUGGACAACCCCUUCAGUGUGUUGACACAGGAUCUCAAGUGUGCAAUUUAGCAUGGUCAAAGCAUUCCAAUGAACUGGUCAGCACCCAUGGCUAUUCUCAAAACCAGAUUCUUGUCUGGAAAUACCCAUCUCUCACUCAAGUAGCCAAGCUAACUGGACAUUCAUUCAGAGUGCUAUAUCUGGCUGUAUCUCCUGACGGCGAGGCUAUUGUAACUGGUGCUGGUGACGAGACUUUGAGGUUUUGGAAUGUUUUCAGUAAAGUCCGCUCACAGAAGGAGUCCAAGUCUGAACUGAAUUUGUUUUCACGAAUUAGGUGACCCAUAAUUUGUAAUACUAGACCCUGCAAUCUUAUGAAAAUAUAGAGAUUAAUGUAAAUAUAGGUUAUGUGAUAUUAAAGUUUAUCAGUGACACGGGAAUUGUGUUAAUCACUUUUCUCUAAUCGCAAAGCACGUUCCACUUGGUGGUCACGGUCUAGAAACUACAUGUAAAUAGUCCAAUGGUCGAAAAAGAAGAAUUAGUUAUCCGCAAAACCAUGUUAGAGUUGUUAUAUUAUCACUACUGUUGUAAGAGAAGUCCAGAAUAUGAAAUCAAUAAAACUAGAUUAUAUAUA